CGUGGGUGGAGGCGGAGGUGGAGGAGGAGGAGAUGGAGGGUGGGCAUCGGUGGUAUAGUGGAGUGGUGUUGAUGAUGCCGGGCAGUCCUCAGGGAGUUCUGUGGCGGCGAACAACCAGCAUGGAGUGUGUACCCAGGGCGUGGUUCCUCCUGCCCCUGCUGCUGCCACCCCUCCUACUGGGCACCCUAGCAGACCCCCGCUCCCCCACCACCCAGCAGGUAGCCCAGGUGAGUGGCGGCCGGCAGGUAGAAUGGAACUCAGGUGAUCGACCCGGCACGCAGGUCUCCCACACCCAUCCACCACCACCUCCACCCACCACCGCCCGAGCCACCCCCGCCCCCCUCCACCCAUCGCUCUCGUUCACAGAAGGUGCCGACAGGACGAGGAGAAGCCUUCACCGUGCCUCUCACCGCCGCCGCCUCGCCUCAACGGCUAGAAGGCCCACCAGACAACAGCAGAGAAAUUUCAGAGCUGCGCCGCCCCAGACUCGCUCCAUUAGACCCCAUGCAAAAUCACGAUCCAACGGAAGAAGGAAAAAUAACCGAGGCCUCAAAAAGGGGAGGAAACACAAGCAUAAGUCCUCCUCGAGCCCUCCAGUGGUGCGUGACGCUGCUAGAGCCACUUACGUGAUCAGAAGCAAGCCAGAUAUUACGCGAGGCGGGGUGCAGGAGGCGCCUCGUCAGGCUCCCUCUCCUGCCGGAGCGAGUCACCAAGGUCACGGUUUCCAGCAUUACAGUGACUUCAACCGCAGGGCCGAGGAGAGCGAGGCUGCCCUCAGGAGCCGUGCUUCAAGACAGACUGUCAUUAGCACACCUGACACCAUCGUGAAGGACGGACAGAUAUUCCAUAGGCAUAACGGCAAAGAGGAAAACGACAGGGUCACCAGAGGACAGAGUAAUCGGCGACACGCCAGACCUGGGGAUCAGCUGGGCCGGUAUGACGAUAUACCGCAGCGGGACUCAAAUGGCGGAAGCCUGUCAGGAGUACAUGGUGGCGGCAACUACUUCACGGCGGAAGCCCUGAACAGCGGCGGGAAGAGCCACACAUGGGUGGCAGGCAACGUACGGGGAGUGGACGGGUCGGCGCUGACCCUCAAUGGAGGACAGCUGACCCAGGCUGCAUUGACACUUGGGGAAAACUCUUCAUCCAGGGCACAAGUCACCGAUCACCACGGGACUGACGAUCCCAUACUCGCCUCCAAUGUGGGGGCAGGCCAACAGAGUGGCACGGCGGACGCCAGGGCACGCGCCCCCGACGCUGCCACCACUCAUGCCCAGAUCGAGUUUUCCCCUGAUGGCAUCAACGAGGCAGAGCCGGGUGAGCAUGGCGCCGCCUCGGCGAUUGCCACCCCACACGGCGAGUCCACUCUGGCCACGCUGGGCGGCAAGUCGGUGCACGGGUCAUACUUGGGUACGGCACACUCCAGCACCCUUCAGGCCCAGUCCCUCCAUGCCCACCAGGGCGAGGCUCUGCCCUCCGUUGAGGGCAACAUGGUUCCAGGGCACAGCAGCAGGGACAUGAUUAGGAUGGAGAUGUCAGAUAUGUUGAGCAAUAUCAUGGAGACGGUGCACCAGCCACAGAUGCUGCCAGAGGUGGCAGCGCUGCCCCCGCCUCCGCCCCACCUCAUUCCGUCAGGUACUGGCCUUGUUCCUGCUAGGGAGGGCCUGGUGGUGGCCAGCGGUGUGCCGCCCCAGGAAAGUGAGAUCGGCCAAGUGCCCCAACAAGUACAUGAGGAACAGGAGGGUGGUGGACGGAAGGUAGCCCCUCCGGCAGCGGGGCAGGUGGGCAUGGCCACUUACUUCCAGGGAGAGCUGGGCACACCUCCAAAUGGAACUGAUCUGGCUGAAACACACUACGAGGACUACAGUUUCGACCCGUCUAACUAUUACGAUUUCAACGGCUCAACAGACUACCUGGACCCCUCAAUCUUCCACGUGCAGCCCCUGGAGGAGGACUUGUACCCCCUGUACCCCACACCUGCCCCUAGCUUGGCCUUCCCUCAGCCAGACCUCACCUCCCAUCCUCCAGGUCUUGUUCACCAGCUCCAGACCACUACGCCAGACCUGCAGCCACACCCCAGCCAGCCCCUUGAGCCCCACCAAACUUCUGACCCUCACCAAACUCCAGAACAGCCCCAUGAUCCGGACUACUCCCAGACUCCAGACCAACCUUAUAUCCCUGACUACACUAAUCCCCAAGACUACUCAGAAACUCCAGAGGGCAUUCCCGACCACUCCUACUCAGCCAAACAACCCUAUAUUCCAAGAUACUUUCAAAAUUAUAAUCAAACACAUAUUCCUGACUAUUCCCGAACUACAAACGGCAUUCCAAGUUCCUCCCAGACUCCAGAUCACACUCCCGAUUAUUCUCAAACUCCGGAUCGCUUCCAAGAUUAUUACCAAACUCCAGACCGCAUUCCAGGCCAUUCCCAGUCUCAAGAUCGCUAUCUAGAUUAUUACCAAACUCUGGACUAUUCCCAGAUUCUAGAUUAUUCGCAAACUCCAGACCACAUUCCAGACUAUUCCCAGACUCCAGAUCGCACUCCAGGCCAUUCCCAAACACCAGAUCACAUUCCAGAUUCCCAAGUUCCAGACCUUUCUCAAACAGCAGAUGGCAUUCCAGACCAUAUUCCAGAUUCACAAACUCCUGAACAUUCUCAAACACCAGAUUCCCAGACUCCAGACCACCUUCCAGAGACUUCUCCAACACCAGACCAUUCCCAGACUCCAGACUAUUCCCAGACUCCUGACCCAAUUCCAGAUUCCCAGACACCAGACCACAUUCCAGAAACUUCUCGAACACCAGACGAUUCCCAAACAUCAGACCGAGUUCCAGACAAUUCCACGAAACUUGACCCUAUUCCAGAUCAUUCCCAAACACAAGAUCGCAUUCCAGGCCAUUCCCAAACACCAGACCAUUCCCCAACACAAGAUCGCAUUCCAGACCAUUCCCAAACCCCAGACCGCAUUCCAGAUUACUCCCAAACUCCAGACCACAUUCCGGGUUAUUCCCAAACACCAGACUAUUACCGAACUCCAGACCGCAUUCCAAGCUAUUCCCAGACUCCAGACCGCACUUCAGAUCAUUCCCGAACUCCAGAUUACUCCCAAACUCCAGACCGCAUUCCAGGUCAUUCCCAAACACCAGACCAUUCCCGAACUCCAGACUACUCCCAGACUCCAGACCGCAUUCCAGACUAUUCCCAGACUCCAGACCGUAUUCCAGGCUACUCCCAAACUCCAGACUAUUCCCAGACUCAAGACCGUAUUCCAGACUAUUCCCAGACUCCAAACCGCACUUCAGGCUAUUCCCAGACUUCAGACCGCAUUCCAGACUAUUCCCAGACUCCAAACCACACUUCAGGCUAUUCCCAAACUCCAGACCGUAUUCCAGACUACUCCCAAACUCCAGACCGCAUUCCAGACUAUUCCCAGACUCCAGACCACUCCCAAACUCCAGACUUCAUUCCAGACUAUUCCCAGACUCAAGACCGCAUUCCAGACUAUUCCCAGACUCCAAACCGCACUUCAGGCUAUUCCCAAACUCCAGACCGCAUUCCAGACUAUUCCCAGACUCCAGACCGUAUUCCAGACUACUCCCAAACUCCAGACUACUCACGAGCUUCAGACCGCAUUCCAGGCUAUUCCCAGACUCCAGACCGCACUUCAGACUAUUCCCAGACUCCAGACCGUAUUCCAAGCUAUUCCCAGACUCCAGACCGCAUUCCAGACUAUUCCCAGACUCCAGACCGCACUUCAGACUAUUCCCAGACCCCAGACCGUAUUCCAGACUAUUCCCAGACUCCAGACCGUAUUCUAGACUAUUCCCAGACUCCAGACCGCACUUCAGACUAUUCCCAGACUCCAGACCGUAUUCCAGGCUAUCCCCAGACUCCAGACCGCACUUCAGACCGUAUUCCAGACUAUUCCCAGACUCCAGACCGCACUCCAGGCUAUUCCCAGACUCCAGACCGUAUUCCAGACUAUUCCCAGACUCCAGACCGCACUCCAGGCUACUCCCAGACUCCAGACCGUAUUCCAGACUAUUCCCAGACUCCAGACCGCACUUCAGGCUAUUCCCAGACUCCAGACCGUAUUCCAGACUAUUCCCAGACUCCAGACCGCACUUCAGGCUAUUCCCAGACUCCAGACCGCACUUCAGGCUACUCCCAGACUCCAGACCGCACUUCAGGCUAUUCCCAGACUCCAGACCGCACUUCAGGCUAUUCCCAGACUCCAGACCACAUUUCAGGCUAUUCUCAAACCCUAGACCAUUCCCGAACUCCAGACCAACAAUGGCGACAUCAGCCUCAGCAGCCAGACCGCCAGACCCCAGCUCAGCCUUCCAUUCCAUACUCCUCCCCUGGUCGUCAACAGCCUCACACCCUUGACCGUCACACUCCAGUUCGGCCUCCUGCUCCUGACCAGCCCACCAGGACACACCACCAACCCAGCCACCCCCUGAGUUCCAGACCUUCAGGGACAGGUGUAGCAGCAAGGGAUAGGGGUAGGGGAUGGGCUGUUGAGACUACACCAAUGCCUAUGGGAAUACCCAUAGUCCCUGGUGAGCCUGGCAGCACCCAGACCUUGCCCAAUGGUAGGGAUGGACCCACCCUGAAUGUCAUAACAAUGGGUCAAGGCCAAAGAAUGAAGACGUCACUCAUGCAACAACCUGGGAUCUACAUUCAAGCUGGGGAGAAGAUUCCCGGGGCCCCAGGUUACAGCAUCCCUCCUGGGUUUCGUGGUCGUGUCAUCCUGGGACAGAGUUCACCAGCAGGGGCCAGCUCACAAAGAAUGGUGCAGGGUUUCAACACGCACCUGAGCCUCACAUCACAGUCACCAGGUUCAGACAGAGUGUUUGCCUCAGUCACUGGCCCCCACGCAUCACGACAGCUGACCAGUGAAGGUGGAGUGCCAGGGCUGCACGUCACUCUGGGUGGGUCAGAGGGGCACCGCCCACGUCACCAAGAUCCUCAACAAUACUCAUCUUCUGAUGACUACCACACAGGAAGAGGAAGAGGAACAUCAGGACAGGGGACAUGGACUGGCAGCCAAUCAGGACACACAAGGCCUUCCCAUAGAGGUCAGCAGAGUGGUAGAGGAAGACCAUUCACUUCAUCCACAAGCUCAAGUCGAGGACGCACAAGUCAGCCCAGUAGAUCAAGGGGUACAUCUUGGAAUGGCAGACAGAGCUCUCCACAAAAUGGAAGAAAGUGUGGCUACUUCAAAAUCGUAUGCAUGGUGGUGAUAGACAAUGCUGGUCAACAGAGGAAGUGUCAGCCUUCCUACAGAACUCGUGACUGCUGCUGCUAACACUUCAUUGUCAUACAACAUACCAUCUGCCUCUAUAUUUGUUGACCAAUACUGAAUUAAAUUACUUCACAGCAGAACAGUCUGCCGAGAACACUUGCUUACUAUAUAUCGUUUCAGUCAUUUGAAGUCAGUGGUUUUCUUAUUAUGUUGGGAGACAAGUCUUUUGCUGUAAGUUAGGCUGAGAUGACCUAAUCAACAAUUUAUCCGUCUCCACACAAGGUAUUACAACUGAACUAACAGGUACUACACAGUGUAUUGUCCUGGAGCACUAUUCCAGACAUAUAAUACAGCCAAGCAUGUGGACAGACAGUACACUUACCAAUACCCACUCUAUGCUACACAUCCCCAAAGACCCCAGUGUAUAUGUAACUUCCGGUUGCAUGUGCAAACCAUAAUAAAUGGAUGUAAAAAGCCA